UACGAAGGCGAGCCGUUCUUAUGUUAAUUUAGCGGCCAAGGUUAUGGUUUUGCAUACGCAGUCAUAAUAUUACUUUCAUUGCGACAUAUUGAACAAAAUACUGUUUUACAGUCCAAGGAAUAGGAAGGAAUACUUUUCUUUGUAGAUCAAAGUCUUCAGACAAGAAUAACCGUACAACAUGGCAUGUGUUAUCAUCGACUCUGCUGAAGAACUAGCACAGCUCACUUCUGUUCAGGGAGCGAGUCUGAAACAGCAGCUUCCACAGGAGGUAGAAGAGUGCCUACUCAAUAGGGCACUGUGUACGCUCAUGGCGAUAGGCGGAAACAGCAGGCCAAAGACACGAGCCCGCCUUGCGAAUGUUCUGUGGCCGUGCACAGCGGUUGUGCCGUACGCCAACCCCCUGGAUGUUCUCGGCGAGGUUAAUGACAAAUUUGAAUCAACCGAACAUGCCGCUCCCUCUGUAAGAAUACCCUAUGCCAAGAAACGGGUGUACGUUGAACUGGAAAAGCUUAAACUGGCACAUCAAGAAUAUCUCAAAAACAACAAGUGUGCUUGGGCUCCCUGGGGAAGCAAAAUUGAUAAAAUUGCUUCGGAGAGAGUUGUGGAGUGGCUUCAAAGUGAUCCGGAAGGAACUGAGGAGACUCUGAUCAGUGACCUGAUUGAAAAGUGUGGAUUACAGGUAGAUGACAGACGGACCGGUCUUCGAACACUAUACACAGUGUCCCCGUCCCGGGUUCUCACUAUGAAUAUGAAACGUUUAAAGCACAGAAGAACCGCAGUUACAGAAGAAGGAAUCAUCAAGUUAGACAUGAGCCUCGCGAGCUGGGUCACCAAACCUGAUGACGCCGUCAAAAUGGAAGCAAAGACAACCACUGUGUUCUCAAUCGGAGUACUGCCAGGAGAGAAUAAAAUAAAAAAGGAAAUUAAAGUCACACCGAAAGGAGUUACCGGCAUCGAAGAGACCACCAUCAACGGACCCCUAGUUGAAACUCGUAACUCGAAGAACAAUAACAGGUUACGAGCGGUCGGCAAAUGCAAAGAGUUCACCAAAAUCUUGACAGCUCGCUUGACUUACUCGGCACUGGACCGCAACGCCAUCCUCAUACCCGCAUCGGAAACUGAGAAGACUACGCUGCAGUUUAAAGUGGCUCCAUGGGUCGCCUCUUUAGAGACCAGCGUCUCAGGAGAAACGCACGCCAUGGUCGAGCUGCAGCAGGGGUUGAUCAACCACUGCGUGGAUAAGAUCAGACGUCUUGCUCCGUCUACCAUCAUCGACUUACUGAUCAAGAGUGGUUGCAUUGCCAUUGACGAUAAGCAGACGGUCACCUAUAACCUACCGAAAGACCGGCACGAGAUACGGAACACCUGGCAGGAGGACACGGUCAAAGCGGCCGUAGAUCGCUGCAAGUGCUCGGGCCUAUUGAGGAAAGCUUUCCCUAGACCGAACAAGGCGGAGAGGAUGAAGAAAAAAGCCGAACAUGCCGCACUCAUGAGGAAGAGACUUGCUGUCUUUGGUAUAAAAUUUUAAGCAUUCAGAAUGACCGUUUUUAUUAUGGUGAAGGUUGAGACUGAAUUUGAUGACUUACUUUGCAAAACACUUUUAUUAAGUGCGUCACAUACAUCGAUUAUGUGUACGGGCAGAGGUCAAUGUUUCCAUAGAUUUACUUCAGUGAGUUAAAACGAAAGGGUGUGGAUACUUUUUGUAGGACACAAAACAGAAUGUCCCCUUCACAUAUUAUCAGCUUAUAGGCUUACACAAGAUAAUGAUGGUAGAAAGCCAGCGUUUAAUUGUUUGGUUGCUGGGGUGUUGCCGUUUUUUAGAAAUGAGUAAAACAAUGUCACGAAAAUUAUUUUCGUCUCGGGAGACGACUAAACAACGCCAGUCACAAAGAGCUAAAAGUGUUCUUAACUGCAAAUCAAUCGUAGUUGCUAGGUGUAAUGUCAUAAUACAUGGUAAUACUGACACUUUUUCUUGCGAUGAAUUGUAUUGCUUUGUGAAAUCAGCCCAGUAAUGGUAUUGACUUGACUUUCUGAAAACUUCGAUCAAUUUUUUUCCUCAAAAAUUUGACGACUAAUUUAGCUGACACUUCUACAGGCAAAUUAUAUUACAUAUACACAGUUAUAUAAUGGUUUCAUGUCAUGCCCCAAAAUCUGGAUAUACAAACAUCAUAACCCUUCAACACUUAAUCAAGGUAGGGUUGGGAGUGGGGUGGCAAUGCGUGAAGGACGCCGAAAAAGUACCAUUUUUUAUUAGGACACUGGCCAAUUAACACUGUAGUUUGCAUUAUGGAUUAUUAAAUACAGACAUCUUGUCACCAAUGCUUAUACGUAAAAUUUUAUAAUAGAAUUAAAGCGUGCUGUAAAAAAAGCAAAGUAAAAAAAAAAAAAGUCACAUAGUUGUUAUACAAGCCACAAAUGAUAAUUAUUUGCCCCAUGUAUUACGUCUCAUGUAGCAAGAGAGCUUGGCAUUUAGCAUUUAGUAAUUAAGCAAAACAGGUGGUGGACUUAUUACUGUUUUGCCUCUAAUAAUAUUUUUUAAUUUGUGUUCUUGGAUUUGGGCACACAUUUAAAAACGACUUCUGAAACACGAACAUAUUGAACUCAAACUCAAUAAUUUGUUUCGAUGACAAUUGUUUUGGGUGUUGUUUGUUAAUAAUAAAAUUUGCCAUAGUAUUUGCUAUA